GGAUGCUGUCAAAGCAGACAGGAGGGUCUGGAGCCGUUUCCUGAUUCCCCUGUCCCAAGGAAAGUGAGGGGCGUGCUGUCAUGGCCAGGAGAUAACGCCCCAGCCUGUCAGCCAACCCCGACUCAGCUCCGCUUUGUGGUUAAGGGAGUUUCGGAGUGAACAUGCUCAGACCCCUCUACUUCCUGAAAUGUCAGGGGGCCUGUAGAGAGGGCACACAGAGCCGCGGCAGGAUGGGCCUGGGUAAGUCACUGUCCUGGGUGUGCUGGGAGGGUCCUGGGGGGCUGGCCCAGGAGAGGGCCUGAGAGAAGGCUGCCUGUGUGCUGGAACAAAGGUGGGGCUUGCUGAAGGCUCUUAACCUGAGGCCUGUCCCCAAGAUAGGACUUAGGGGCACUGUGCCCACCAAGAACAUCUGUCACAUUGGUGUCCUCAUCUGCCCCCAUUCUCUCUAGAGAUCCUUACGUGGCUGUUGGCGCAGAUGCCAGGCAAGGCUGGACUUCCUCUCCCCUCUCCUGGCCUGCGUGCUUGCCAUCCCCCUGGGGCAGCAUGGUUUGUGGACAUGGGGCUCCUUCCUCCAGGGUGGCCUAGGCUGAAAGGCACUGCAUAAGGAGGGACUGCAGGACAGUAGGGACUCUUUUGGAGUGGACGGUGGUCUGGCCAAUCAUGGGGCAAGAUCCUGUGGCUGGUGGCUCACAGGUCUCUCAGGCUAGGUAUCCCAAGCACCUGGCACAGCAGGGGCUCCGUAAAUUCUGCUGGGCCCAGGCUGGGCACACCCCCCCGAGGGGCUGGGCUGACCACUGAGGACUGGAGAAUGAGGCUGAGCAGUGGUUUCCAGCAUCGCCAUCCAGGAUGGAUAAUGCCGUGCGUUAGGGCCAGGCCCAGCCAAGGCUGAGAGGUGUUGGACAGCUGGCAGCUGUGUGGGAGGCCCACUCACCAGCAGUCCAACCAAAGAGAAUGUGUGUCAGAGACGAUGGUCUUACCUUACCGCACUGGGAAGGAUGGCAACGCGGCUUCGGCUGGGCAGGAAGUCAGCCCCAGCUCCUCCUGGAGAGCCCGUGACUGAUUCUGGACUGUGACUGCGGUCCCUAGGCCACAUCCCAGGGUCCAGCUGAGCUGCUCUGUACCUAGCCUCCACAGUUUCCCCAGGAACAUGGGGCCACCAUGGGCACAUGGCCUGGGACCGUGAGGGUGACGUGAGCCUGUUGGUACUAUGGGCCUUGAGGGCAUUGCUGACCCAUGGAUGCUCCUGGGCAUGGGGUGGGGGGCAUCCCCCAUGGGGAGGACCCUGCUGCCAUGUCAAGGCCCUUGCCCCAGCUGAGUCAGAGCCCCAGAGAUGGGACCAGAUGGCCAGGGCAGGCGAGGCCAGCAGCCACUAUGCACGGCCUGGCCUGACUCCUGCCCUGCUGGAGGGCCACAUCUGCUUCUAAAAGUGGAGCAGCAAGGGACCCCCUCACCCGGCCCUGGUCCUCCUGAUGCACACAAAGCCAAGGGGCAGGAGGGGCCCUGCCCAGGGGCACCCUUCCUGGGAGAAGCCUGUGUCCUGGAGGUUGGGGCUGCUUGCCCCUUACCUCUCCUCGUGGGAGACAGCCCUGCUGCUCCAGAGAUGGCCACAUGGCACCUGAGCUUCCCGACAGGGAGCCCCUGCAGUCCAGCAGGUCCUUUUAAAUAGUACACUUCUCAGUAGGACCAACAAGACGCACAAGGUGUACCAGAAGGCUUACAUUAGAGCCACCCUGAGAUUGGAACCUGCAAACAUGCCAGGAAAUGCCACCCCAGUGACCACCCCGCUCUCUCAGACAGUCCCGGGACUGUCUGCCGGGCUCUGCAACGCGUCUUUCGAGGAGAGCAGAGUGGUCCUGGUGGUGGUGUACAGCACGGUGUGUGUGCUGGGCCUGCCGGCCAACUGCCUGACCGCGUGGCUGACGCUACUGCAGGCUCUGCAGGGCAACGUGCUGGCCGUCUACCUCUUCUGCCUGGCGCUCUGUGAGCUGCUCUACCUGAGCACGUUGCCGCUCUGGGUCAUCUACAUCCAGAACGAGCACCGCUGGACCCUGGGCCCCAGGGCCUGCAAGGUGACCGCCUACAUCUUCUUCUGCAACAUCUACAUCAGCAUCCUCUUACUGUGCUGCAUCUCCUGCGACCGCUUCCUGGCGGUCGUGUAUGCACUGGAGAGCCGUGGCCGGCGCCUCCAGAAGACCGCCAUCUUCAUUUCUGUGUGUGUCUUUGUCCUCGUGGGGCUUGUUUACUACCCGGUGUUUGACAUGGAAAUAGAGAAGGAGAGCUGCUUCGAGCCAAUGCGGAUGAACGAAAAGAUCGCGGGCUACCACUACGCGCGGUUUGCAGUGGGGUUCGCCAUCCCUCUCUGCACCAUAGCAUUUACUAACCACCGGAUCUUCAGGAGCAUCAAGCUGAGCAUGGGCCUGACCGCUGCCCAAAAGGCCAAGGUGAAGCACUCGGCCAUAGCAGUGGUGGUCAUCUUCCUGGUCUGCUUCGCCCCCUACCAUGUGGUUCUCCUCAUCAAAGCGGCCACCUUCUCCUACUACAGAGGAGACAAGGUUGCGGUGUGUGCCUUUGAAGCCAGCCUGUACACGGUGUCCAUGGUGUUCCUCUGCCUGUCCACGGUCAACAGCGUGGCUGACCCCAUCAUCUAUGUGCUGGCCACAGACCAUUCUCGGCAAGAAGUGUCCAGAAUCCAGAAGGGGUGGAAGAAGUGGUCUGCAAAGACAGAAGUCACCAAGCUCACGCAUUCCAAGGACUCAGAGGAGAUGCACUUCCCCAUGGCGCUCGCAGACGACUGUGCGCUCCCCCCGCCUGUGAACCCUCCCGGGCUGCAGCCAGCUAAGUGGGGCUCAGCGCACACCCCGGAGAGGCUGGUCGAGGAGACCUGCUGAGACCAUUGUACUGCAGGGGAGGACCACAGGUGUGGGAAGCCAGGGCCAGAAACGUGGUCACACUGCCCAUCAGCCACAGUGUCCAUGUGCUGGAGCCACCCGUUUGGUGAGCCUCUGCCCCCUAGGGUCUCCUGACUGGAAGGUGGCAGUGUGUAACUGGGUGAUGCUCCCAGGCUGUCGGGAGCCAGAGAGCCAGAGAGCAUGGGCAUGGGCAGCGGGAGAUGCCAGCUUGUUGUGCGGGUUCCCUCAGCCAUUAGCCAACGCAGGGCUGCAGCAGAGCUCUGGACGACAGCUUCAUGAAUGUGCUUUGCUGCAGGCAUUGCUGGGUGACUGCUGCAGUGUGUCAGGGGGCUUUCCGUGCUUCUGCUUCACAGGUCGAUACAAGCCACAACAAGGGGCACCCGCACCGUCACAGUGCCGAGACACUGGCACAGCCCAGCGGCAGCAAGAGGCAGGAGCCCAGCCCUGAGGACACUUGUCUGGGCUUGGUUCUGAGCUGAGCAGACACAUGCUGCCAGGGGUCACCUAAGGGAGUCAGAAGCCAGGGUGGCCAGUUGUUGGUGCCCAGUAGGGUAGUCCAUGUGUUUUCCACAGGGAGCCCCAGACACUCAUGCUGGGAAGGCCAAUCAGUCAAAAAUGCUGGUAGACACCCCAGGAAGGCUGAGAUACAGCUGCCACAGAGCAAGAGGACGCUUGGAAUUCCUUCACCUUGAGACUUCCUGACUUCAUUGUCACAGGGGAAGGGGUCGGGAGCUGGGACAGAGCAAGCAGAUGACUGCCUAGCGCCUCACCAGGUUGGAGUACAGGAGGAAACUCACGGCCCACUCGGAUCCCAGCUCUGCCAGGCCAUGCUGAUGACUCAGUUUCCCCAUCUGGAUACUGGGAACAAUGACACCUACCUCACUGGGUCACUGUUGGGGCUGACCCUCCCACCUGCCUGAUAUCCUAGCCUCAGCAAGAGUCUCAGCAGGAGACUGAGCCGAGCAGGUGGAGCUGCCUGGACAUAGGGCCGGCACCAGGGGCACGCUCAAGUUUCCUUCCCGGGGAACUGCACAGAGCCCCUGUGUUGAGUCAGGUUCUCAUUUCUGUAAGGCAGGUGUGGGUCUCUGCUCUUCACUGUGAGAGACACCCGGAAAACACACAGAAACACACUUAGAAAUAAAAACACAAAAAUACA